AUGCCGGUUCACGUGGCGCUCCUCGCCGUGCCGGCGGUGGCGGCCGGGUUCCUGAAGGCGUUCCAGUUCGCGUUCCUGCUGUGGCCCUUCAACCUGGCGCUGCCACUCGCGCGCCACCUGCCGCGGGCGUGCAUCGCGCUCCGCGGGGUCGCGUCCUUCUACGACGCCGAGCUGCGGCGCUACGCCUACGCGGGCGCCGCCGCCCUGGCCGCCGUGCCCGUGCCCGUGCCCAUGCAGCCGCGGAGCCACCGGUACGCCUCGCUCCGCGCCGUGCAGCAGAGGACGCACGGGGAUGCCGUCGUCGCGCACGCCAUGGUCGCGCUCGUCGACAUCUCCUACUGA